GGGGUCUACACGAAUCAGGUUUCUAUUGCACAAUCUCGGUUGCAAUAUCACUCGAUUGCAUUGAGUUAAUUCGCUUCUAAUUGCAAUCCUUCAGAAAAGGCGUGUGCGUGGUCGACAGCUAUAGCGACUUCAGGCUCAUCAAAGUGUUUCUCUCCAGUUGACAAUCCAAGAACGUCUCACACCAUGGCGCCAAAAUCAAACAAAAGUGCGAAGAUUGUCCAUGAAUCCGCAUCAGACAGUGAAUCGAGUUCAUCCGCAGAGUCAACUCGUCAGGUCGAGGAGUCCUCGGAGAGCUCGAGCGAAAGUGAGAACGAGAGUGCCACAUCUUCUGGAAAGCACCUCCAGAGUUCGACAAACGGACAAAAAGGACCGAAAUCUUCCCAAGCAGAAUCCUCGCGCCCGUCCAGACCAUACAAGGCGCCCUUCGGGUUCAAAUCGGCAAAAAACCAGCCGUUGCCUGCGCCCAGCACAUCCGCUCUCCUGUCCGACCUCCGCGGCAAACAAGUCUUCCACAUAACCGCCCCUAGUUUUCUUCCUCUUUCCAAAGUUAAGGAGGUUUCGCUAGCCCAGGCUCUUCAAGGUGCACCGGUUUUGAAACACGAUGGCGUGAAAUACGGACUUCCAGCGGAUAGUCAAACCCAAUCGGGUGUUAGCGGACAGACUCUCUUCCUUUACGACACCAAGACCGCGACAUACUACCGUACCGCCGCUGAUGUUCCCACAUACCAUAUUCAGGAAAUGGUUGAUCUUCCAGGUGGUGCAGAGUAUGAUGAGAUGGCCAUUAAAGCCGUGAAGGCGCUGGAAAAGCCACCGAGGAAGCAGCCCAGACACUUAAAGAUGCGUUUCCGACCUGUGGGGAGUGGAAACGCACCGCCAGAGACCAUUGGAUCCAGCUCGGAAGAAUCAGACGCAGAAGAGCCCAAAUUCAUUGUCCCCAUAGGACUCGAGAAGGAGAAGGAGAGAAAGCGAAAGCACCAGCAAACCGAGGGUGACGGAAGCCAGCCCGCUGCAGAACCCCGGAAGAAGUCCAAGAAGGUCUCUGGAGAUUUGGAUGAGAGCGGCGCCAAGGAGAAGUCGAAAAGGUCCAGCAAGGAUCGAGACGGGAAGAAACGAAAGAAGGAAAAGUCUGGUUAAUCAACACCGGGUUGAAGGGCGUUCUUUAUUUUAAUUAAAAAGUUUAGCGAUAGAUGGUCUAAUUGCAUGUGUUAU